AUGGACUGUUUAUCCCUCCCGGUCAGAAGGGAAUCCUUGGUAAACCUUGGAUUGUUAAAAACCAAGGGUUGGCCGCUGUAUAAGCGUAUAUGCCAACAAAACUUAGAAUACUCUUCAAAAGAAGCUGAUUUACUGAGACUAUAUCGAGUGAAGGAUACAGUUCUGUCCUUAAGUCAACUCUGUUCUGCUGCAUCAUUGUCUGAAGAAGAAGCCAACUUUCUGUUCAAGCAGCUGUUUCGGUAUUUGCAGUUAUAUUUAUGUAUUUCAGAAGCAACCUGUCUUGCAUUUUCUUUAGAAGAAUCAGCUCAGGAUAGUUUUUUUCAAAAUUCAUUGGAUUGUAUCCCGGCAAUUCUUCGAGGCUUGCUUGUCUUAGCUAAAAAUUACCAGAACAUUGCAAAGAACUUCUCAGAAAAUGCCGAUUUUCUGUUGGAAGUUAUUUGUGAACGUUUUAGAGCAUGGUUGGAUGAUGAAAUUGCGGAAACUCAGUCUCGUCGAGCAUUGGCUUCUUCUUUCUACGCGACUAGUCUCGCUUUGUUCUUUCGCUACUCAUCAGAGACCCAGUUUAGUCCGGACAAUAUAUAUUCUAUUUGGUUGUCCCAGCGAUCACUCGCUUUCUUAAAGGAAGGCCUGGCUUCUCGCCUAGCAUCUGCGUUUUCGGAUGUGUUCUUAGUACCUAUCCAAGAAUUUGACAACUGUAAUCUUGCUGUCUAUCUCCAGCUUUCAGCAACUGGAGCUUUGCUGCAUACUUGCGAGACAUUUGUAUCCGGUUCUGAAAAUUACUGGGACAUCAAAGCACACCAGCAGCUUCCCGUAAGUUCUGAUAUACAUAGGGACCACAUUAGUUUUGUUUCUACUUUUGCCGAAGGAAAACUUUUGGGAACGUCGGCAUUCUUGGAAGACCCUCAGAUGGAACACUUAUUCGAAAACUGUCUCCUGUACAAAGUGUUCCUGUUGAAGCUACUUGUGUUAUCGUCAAACUACCUUAAGGCGCUUCCGUCAACAGCUUUGGACUGGAUUAAUACACUUUUAGGAAUGCUGACUGAGGAUAGUGAUGCCGUUCCACAUCUUAUUGACUGUAUUGGUUCAAUUGCCGUUAAUUUUCCCUCUCAACUUCAUGCAAUGAUAAAGCGCUUGAGACUAAUCGCUAUUUACGCUCCUCGUUCAACUUCUAGUGAGGUCAGUUUCGCAAAGAUUGCUGCUAGAAAACUUGCUGUCUUACUGAGCUCUUCGUCCAGUGAUCUUGCCGUCACUUGUAUCUACCAGUUUGCCAAUCUUCUCUCUAUUGGCGAAAACAAGGAACGUGCCUUAAUUCUCGCCUCCCGCGAACAACUUCCAUUAGACCAACAAAGUAGUUUGUCUGUUAGUGAACUCCCCAGAGCCAAUGUUCAAUCGAGCUACUUAAAUACAGUUGAGGCAGUUGGUGAAAUCGCCUUAAUGGUUAACGACGAAAAGAUUUAUGGCCUUACUAUUUCUCUACUCAUUCAAAAGUUUUCUCGUAAACUUCCAGCUGCAGUAGAUGCAGUGAUAAUUAAUGUUCUCGGAAAACUAUCCGUUAGAGCAAAUGAGCGUGACUUUUCUAUGCUUAUACAGUUUUAUUCUCUCCAAAGCAAGCAACUGGUCUCCGCUUAUGACAGGGAUAUCUCACUUGCGCUGUACCAAUCCCGAUGCUUAAUUGCAUCAAAUACCGAAGCUAUGUCCGUCAAAAGACUAGACCUCUUGAAAUGUCUACUGGACGAGAUCAUUCAAAUAGGUGUCAGCCAGGAUUAUGCGAAAGAUGAGUAUGCUGACAAUAAAAAGCGUUGCAUUUCGUUGACUAUUCAAGCACUCUCUGCUUGCGUAAGAAACAUUAACUAUAACGAGUUACCAACAGGUGACAACUUUGCUGCUGUCUUCAGAAACAUGUGGUUUGCUCUUAUCUUAAAUGGUUUCCGCUAUGGAACAAAGCCUUCUGAACACUUGCGCUUGCAACUGGUGACUUUGGCCAAGUACUCACCGCCAUUGGUUUUGUCAGUCGUUGGCAAUAACUUUGGCAGUGACCUUGAACUCAAUACCGUUCUUCGUACUCAUAUUGACCAUAAGACGCUCUCCGAAAUUAAGCACGAGCUUUCCAAGGAGAUUCCUACUUUGGACUUUAAGGGCUUAGAAAGUUAUGAGGUGUGUUAUCUUUCUACUGUCUUACAGCUGGAAGCUCUUCGAUCAUACUCACUCGGUCUCCAUGCAUUGUUAAGUUACUUAUCUAAUAUUGGAUUGCGAAACAGUAAUUUGCAUGAACAUAUCGUCCAAAUCGCUCGUCAUAAUCUUCCGAUAUUUGUUCGUUCACUUUCUUCCAAGAAAUUUUUGACUGAAGAAAUGAUCCAGGAAGUUCAGAAACUUAUAUCCUUGUGUUGCCAUCGUGUUAGAGAUGUUCGUUCUCUUGCACUUGAGUGUUGCGCCUAUCUGUUUUCAGAACUACCCUCCUUACUCUGUGUAAAGCAAUUGCUGUUUACGCUGUUGGAGCUUCUGAAUAUUCUUUGGAGGGGAAGUUCCGAAGAAUGUUUGAAUCAGUACGUUCCUCAAUUAGAGUACACGUCUAAAGAGUUAAAUUUAACUGUUGUUUUGCCGGAUUCUUUUGAAACGCGUCAAGACAUACUUGGUGUUUUCUUGCAAAAAUCGAAGCAAUGGAUCAUGAACUCUGCACGUCUUGUUCCUUCCGAAUUAAAGAAUCUCCUCCAAAGUUACUUGGCAGACUUUAAAGAUGUGGACGAUGUCGACAACAUCGAGAUUGGUAGAUCAAUUGCGUUUGAAAUUGGAAAAGCCAUUCCAAUGUCAGACACUGAUGCGAGCUUGGUACCUUCAAUGGGUGGAUGGAAUUCUGAUUCGGCAAGUGAAUUUAUUUCUGAAUUUACUGUGUGCCAGCGUUACAAAAACGACUCUCGUUAUGUCGUUAGUAAAUUACUCACAAACAAUGACAGUAUCUCUUCGGUAGCCAAAAAGGUCAUUGAUGACACAUUAACUUCUCUUGAUAAACUUGAAGAGGAAUGUAAAGAUGGUCACGUUUCAUCCGAUCGAUUAAGAGAUGUUCUGAGAAGAGCUGCUGCACAAGCGGUGACCGAACCAUUGGUUACGUUUGCCAUAAUUGCUCGAAAACUUGUAAGAAUUCCCUUUUUGGCGUUUUCUACGAAAUCAAUUAAGCUUGGAAUUACCCUCUGGAAUUGGGUUAUGAAUGAGGUUCCUCAGCAGAGAGCCUAUAUAAUGAAUCAAAUUGUUCGAAGCUGGGUCUCUUCACUCGAACAACAGAAAAAGGGAUUCUUCUCUGGUAAUCGUCCCAAAGGACCUCUUGAAUUGUCGAUGUCUUAUGCUCCAACUGAUCGUAGUCAGUUUGGAAAAACUCUUACCCGUAUGAAAGGACAACUUGUUCCACACAUUAUGCUACUACAAGUUGUUUCGGGGAACUUUGAGAGUUUCUGGAAUUCUGGAAGACAAAUUGCGAUGCUCAUCAUGCAUGCUAUGUCUUUUAUAAUGAAUCAGCUGAAUGGAUUGCAAUCUGUUCAUCACCCAUUGUGCCGUGAACUCUAUCUUAAAAUUCUGACAUUUGGAUUGCAAAUUUCUGAGAAUGUUAUAACAACCCUCAUUGGUUCUAAGUUCUAUCACAAAUGUUUGGACGCUACUUUGAAUUGGUUUUCUUGUUCCCCUCUUUGGGCUUACGGCGCAGAUAACCUUCAAAUUGCUUCCGAAAUCAGCUUGAUGGAAGCCUUGGUCACCAGCUUAAAAUCAUUUACCGCUCAUUACACAUUUAAGACCGAAACAACAGCUAAGCAAAGUUUGAUUAUCAUUCUUUUACAAAACGAAAUUUAUAGACUUUACACAUGGAUGACACCCGUUGAGAACGAGCGUAGUCUUGUCAAAACGCGAGUAGUCCCUCCAAACUUUGAAAAAUCAGCACCAAUUACCGAUGAAAUGCUUGAGACAGCUUGGUCUGUUUCACCAACAGUUGUUUUAUAUCUUCCCACUCGUUUUAAAGAUGCUGAUCUAAGAGCAUCUGUGCUGAAACUUAUUAUGAAAGAUACUGCUUCUUGUGUUAGAGAUUCAGUGGGUCUGAAAUUAUUAUUUGAAGAGUAUCCUUCGGGGAGACUUCCUAUUGAUAACAGGUACUUACUAUUUUGGGCACCUCUGCCUCCUGUAUCUGCACCUGUUUUAUUCUUGCCAAAGAUUAAGUGGAAUCCUUUGGUUCUCCAAUAUGCUAUGAGAACACUGAAGAGUUACUCUGUGGAUGUUACAUUCUUUUACGUUCCACAGAUCGUACAAUCUUUACGUUAUGAUGCAUUGGGUUACGCCGAAGACUUCAUUAUUGAAACGUCUGAACUUUCACAACUUUUUGCACAUCAAAUUCUUUGGAACAUGAAGGCAAAUCUUUACAAAGAUGAGACGGCAACUGAACCUGACGGCAUGAAACCUAUCCUCGAUCGUGUCAUGGAAAGAAUGGUCAAUAAUUUGUCCGGUGAAGAUAAGGACUUUUAUGAAAGAGAGUUUACUUUCUUCAAUGAAGUUACGUCGAUCUCCGGUAAAUUGAAACCAUUUAUUAAGAAGCCAAAGCCGGAAAAGAAGGCCAAAAUCGAUGAGGAAAUGAAGAAAAUUAAGCUCGAUGUCGGUGUCUACUUACCCAGUAAUCCUGAUGGAAUCGUCGUUGGUAUUGACCGUAAAUCAGGAAAGCCUCUACAGAGUCAUGCAAAGGCUCCUUUUAUGGCAACUUUCAAAAUCCAGAAGGAAAAAAUCAUCGAUAUUGACAAUGCUGAGACUGAGGAUCUGAACGAACCAAGUGAAACAAAGCGUAAACAGAGUUAUGAAGUCUGGCAGUCUGCUAUUUUCAAAGUUGGUGAUGAUUGCCGUCAAGAUGUUCUUACUUUACAGUUGAUCGCCAUUUUCAAGAACAUUUUCGAUUCUGUUGGCUUGGAUGUGUAUUUGUUCCCUUAUCGCGUUACCGCAACAGCCCCUGGUUGUGGUGUCAUCGAUGUGCUUCCGAAUUGUGUUUCUAGAGAUAUGCUUGGACGUGAAGCAGUGAAUGGUCUUUACGAUUACUUCAUCACCAAGUUUGGCGAUGAGGAUUCAAUUGCAUUCCAAAAGGCAAGAAGCAAUUUUGUUCAGAGUAUGGCUGCAUACUCGGUUAUCACCUACCUUUUACAAUUUAAGGAUCGACACAACGGAAACAUUAUGAUUAGUAACCAAGGUCAUAUUCUUCACAUUGACUUUGGUUUCAUUUUUGACAUUGCCCCUGGUGGCAUUACAUUUGAAAGUGCACCAUUCAAACUGACGAACGAAAUGAUUGCAGUGAUGGGUGGAAAUAACAAGACGCCUCCCUUCCGUCGUUUCCAAGAACUUUGUGUGAAAUGCUUCCUCGUUUCUCGUAGCUAUGUUAACGAAAUUUGCAAUGCUGUCGAAAUCAUGCUUGGAUCAGGCUUGCCAUGCUUUAAGGGCGACAUCACAAUCGCGCAUAUUCGUGAGCGUUUUGCCUUGGAUCUUAAUGAAAGACAAGCAGCGAACUUCAUGCUUCGUCUGAUUGAACAAAGUUACGCAAACAAGCGCACUGUUCUUUAUGACCAAUUCCAGAAGGCAACGAACGGUAAGAACUACUACAUGGCACAGGUGCCUCCCGUGUUUUUAAUGCAUACUAACGCUGUUUAG